CCACGUUUCCCCAUACCAUACGGAUAUAUCACAAUUCAUUCCCAGCGACACUCAUCAUGCACAUAUUUCUUCGACGGCCCUACAUAAAAUGGACUUAAUCCAUUAGAAAUAAAGGAAACAUACCUACGUAUUUUUUAUCUCCGGCGACAUAGUAACUUUUACCGCGUAGCAGGCGUAGUACUGCCACUGUUUUGUCGGUGGGGACGCCUGCUCUGGUGCCAGGACCUUGGUUUUUCACUUAAGUAGCGGGCUUUUUGCGGCUCCCCGCGGCCUUUGUAGAUACUUACAACGAAGCCAGCUCGUAAGAAGCGCAACAUAGCGCCUCCGGUAUUUUUUCCACCUCGCGCGCGCACUCUGCAGGUAUGGCAGGAGGCCCGCUGCAAGUUUUCUUCCGGAGUGAACCAGUCGCGCGCUCGCGCGGGGCCACCGACGAACAUCGAGACGGUGGAUGUACGAGCUUUGUUACCUGCAGUUGGUGACGCCCGGAACAGGUCGAAACUCUUAUCUUCCAGCAGAAGGAUUAUGCGUGCUGCAGAAUGAUCGUAGUCGUACGAGUUCACCUCUGACCUGUACGCGAGCGCACGUGUCCACCUCCACUCCAGGAGGAAGCACCGGGAGAACAAGUCUGUUCCUCAGGAAAACUACUUAUAGUUCGCGACGACGUCUUCGCCCAGUAGUUUUACGAGCGGGGAAGUACUUGUAGUAGAGCUCUUGAUGCGAAACAGGUUUUGUCACUUCGAGAUUCAAGAUCUCCUCACAAGUCCGGCAACAUGGAAAAUGAACCCGACACAAACGCGGUGUCCGCUACGGAGCCGCUGCAAAAUGGCGAACAACAACAAAACAAGUCGAAGCACACGGUGCAGCCCUGUACCGGGCACCAGCUGCCGAAGCAGGUGGUGGAAAUCAUGGUCCAGGUCCCUGCGGGCAACAGCGCGCACAACCAUUUCCGCACGCCGACCCACGCGUCAGCGAGCAGCGGUACUUCUACCGCGUUGCAGCUCGGACUAGGUGGGGCAUUCCACCACAAGCUCUCCACGGUGGACGAGAACGAGAUGCUGCUGGACGGGGCGGACAGCGGCACCACCUCCUGGCUCGCGACCGGAGCGGGAGGGAACAAGAAGAGUAAAACCACCUCUCGGGGCGGGUCGAAACAUGCGAAAAACGCCGGGUCCGCAGAUCUGACGAAUACAAACGACAACCAGUCCUCUGCGUCUUCGGACGAUGUGGGAGACGCGCGGACCCGGUCGAAGCAGCAGGUGCACCUUUUGGAAACCCUCUCCAGCGCGAGUUCCGACCAGUCCGGGCACAAAAUGCAGAAUCUCUUCUCGGCGCAGCUUUCCCCCUCCGACGUCACCAGCACCACGAGCCAACAGCAGGAGGCAUACCCGCUUUCCUUGAAGAUGCUCGAGGCAACAUCGCAUUCGAACAUCUUUUCAGCAAGUCACGCGACAAGCCUCCAGCAGAGCCUGGACUUGCAAUUUGAAGUGAACGAAGACCGGGAGGGCGUCGUGAAGUUGUUCACGGAGUAUCAAAGUGAAAAGCGCCUGCCCCCAUGCCCGGGAGUUUCAGAUGGUUUUGUUGCAUCAGGUUUUGUUGAUUUUCAUCAUCCUAACUGCGAGCUGCUUUGUCGAUGCCAUCUAGUAGAGAAGUAGUUUCUACUUCGCCUAUAAAAGAUUUGUAGUAGAGAAAUCUUGUUACGGCUUCAGAAUCGAUGGGCUUUCUGCACCAAUAAAAUUAUGUUGCUAGCAUGUUGGCGGUGACUAAUGUGAAGCAGCUCUCCGAUAAGUUCUCAGAUAUAAGGGCGUUUUUCACUUUGAGACGUAGUGGGGCGGCUUCACAGAGGGGUGCAUCGCGGACUGGAAUCACGGUGAAUACGAGACUGCAACCUUUGCCAUUCGGCACAUGAAGUCUGGCGAGAUCCUCUGUGCCGCGGGUAUGACGACGAAGGGCUUGGCGAACGAACCAACCGAGGUCGGCGCAGCAGCAGGAGAUGUAGAUGGCCCAGCAACAAUGCAAAUAAACCCGAACCUCAUUCUCGCGAAGCCCGGGGUGCGGUCGACGCGGGUAACUCGCUCACAGACCGUGCAACAGCAGCAAAGACGGGCAGCCGCGGCGCUGGGCAAGAAGGGGAAGGGAAAGCAAGGAAAACAGUUCUUUUCUCAUAAGGGAAACAGCACGUCCUUUUUGCCGGAUGAUUUGCACCGGGCGUCCACCGAUCCAAAUUUCGUCUGGGAGGAUGAUGACGACGACGACGACGAUUUUUACUACGAGAAUAUCCCCGGAGAAGAGGAGGAUCAGGCGGAUCAGCAGCCAGAACAAGGCAACGAAGCGGGCGGGAGCAUCAACCAGGACGCUGCAGCAGACAUGGCGUCGGCGUCGGUGGCGUCCAGCAAAAAUCAGAAAAACAAGAAAAAGAAGGGACCGGGCGCUUCGAUGAAAACGGUGCAAAUUAUAGAACCGUCGAGCAAACAGCAGGCAGCGAAGGCAACAACCGGCCGGCGGCGAAAAAUCUCCCGUAAAACGGUCUUGACGCUUUUCGCUACCGCGAAGGCGUGGAGGAGAAUGGGCAUGGCGGAGCUGUAUGGUUGGGGACACAGGGCUAAAGAUGUUUCUGCUAGAAUCUGGUGAGGAGCCUCAACACCGUCAAGCCUGUGGUUAGUUGUCAUUGCGACGGGAAGAUGAAGAAAUUAGCGCUUGGGUUUAUGAUGUAAACUGCGCAUGAUCCACAACUUCGUCCCGAGGAUCAUAUUGCAAUUUGGUUAAUGAUGAAAUCAUGCUAUUAUACCAAUUUGGGUACUUAGCUGUGUCCUCCACUACUCAGUUUUAGCUCAACAUUUUUGCCACAUGUGUUUCCCCAGUCGAUACCCGCCUGGUUUGGUUUAUCAAAAGGACUUACAGCGGCUACAAAUCCAGCCCGAAGGUGCGCAAGAUCAUCAUUCCCGCGACGCAACCCGCGCUGAAGUUCUGGAAAAAAUGCGGCGCCACGGACUUGCAGUUCAAGGACACGGACGCGAUCGCCCGCCUGAACUACCGCAGAUGCACCCUAAUGGAGCUCAAGACCGCGGGUUGGGAAAGCGGACUGCUGCGCGAGAUGACUCUGUAUUUGAUUGACUCUUUCUUGGGGAAUUUCUGUCCUUUUUGUGCGCAUGCCGCAGUUCGGCUCUUGUGUCGUGUGUGAUGUAGUAGUACAAUUGCUGGUGCUCUAGUGCUGUUUCCUUUAGAUUUGCAAUAAUCGACCAAAGUUAAAGUAGAGUGCAGUUGCACUAACAACCUUUGAUAUGUUGCGCUUUUUAAGAACAUGUUGACUUGGUCGUGAAAAAGUUUAGAUUUUUCAUUGGAGAAACCUUGCUAGAUGUAGCGCUUUGCCCUGUCUCGUGAUGAAUGUAUGCUGGAGGAAAAAUCACUACUAUAGGCCCAUGAUCGCUUUGCGCGCCGAGUUUUCCCGACUGGUGAACUACGUGAAAUUUGGGGAGAGCGCCGAGGACCUGACCACCAUCCUGACGGAGUCGUCCGGUAACGCGAUCAGCAACCGCUGCCCGGACGACGGGCAAACGCUGCUGUUCGACGCAGUGCAGAAGAAGGACCCGCAGCUUGCCUUCGAGUUCACGCGGACCUUGGUGGAGGCCGGCAAUUUGUGGGCCGAGGUGAACGCGCACGUCGAGCCGGGCGAGCUCCAGCAAAAUAAGCCGAUCGGUGUUUUUUUGCCCAAGCAAGGAGGAACGCUGGACCACGAGGAAAUCGUGGCUCCUGCCGCCGCGCAGGUCGGUCGGUCGGCAAAAAGUUCCAAGUCGUCCGCCGCCCCCUCAAACCACCCGCACGAGGGAGCCACCACGACGUCGACCAAAAGCAAAAAGAUGAAGCGCGCCCCGCGGAACGCCGGGGCAAGCAAGAAAACGGCCACGGCAGGGGCACUGGAGGUAGAAAGCGCGGCCGCGUCGCCACCGGAGGGCGAGGGGUUUCACCUGUCGCUCAACGUGCUUGACGCGACCAACACCUCCGCUACCCCGUUCAGCAAGAAGUCCAACGAGCCGGACCCGCGGGCGGCGAUGGAUCCGGGGGCCAUACCAGCGGGUCUUCUUGGCGCAGGAGCAAAGAAAGGAACCACUACGGCUGCCUCGACAGUGACUCGAUCCUCCGACGGGGAAGCACUUAUUGCUUCGCCGGGUGUAGUUUUUGCAGGCCACAACAGAAUUCCCGUCGCAACCUCGCACAUAGUGAUCGAACACACGCGACUGGACACGCGGGUGCGGGUGCAGACCAGUCCGAUCGGCAAGCGGUUGCACGACGCCUUGCGGCACCAGAAGGAGAGCAAGGAGUUCCCCACGCUCGACGUGAACGCGUGGGACAUGAACGAGCAGACGGCGCUGUUCUACGCCUGCAACUUCAACGACCGGGUCGAUGUGAUCGCGUACCUGCUGAAAAAGUUUGCCAACGUGAACCACGUGGACCGAAACCGCGAGACUUGCCUCUUCUACGCCUGUCGUCGCGGGAACCCGCGCACGGUGCAGGUGCUCCAGGAGCUGGGGAACGUGAACUACAAACAGAGGAACUGGAAGCUGUUGCUCGCCUUCGACUACCCGCUGCAAAAGGGCGUGUCCGCGGGGGCCGCCGGGGGGAGUAGGGCCGGGGACGGUGCUGGCGUUCAACCCGGCCCAGCCGCGGGAGACCACCAGCCGCGGGAAGGAGAAAGUGAUGAAGCGAACAACCGGGAGCCCGUGGCCGACUUCGUCGGGACAAACAGUAGUGCCACCGCCGGCGCCGGUGGACUACAGCCACAGGGGUCGGAGUGGCGCGACACGCAGGAGGCGUGCUUGGCGUCCUACUUUUACGACGGGCAGAAGAGAUCCAGCCUGCCAGAUUCCGAGCUUCCGCAAUUUGUCUUGGACAACCGCGCGCGGCGCAACCUCGGGUGCGAUGGCUGGAUCAAGCGGGCGCAGCAAAUGCGGGAGGAGGAGCGGCGGCGGGAGGCGGAGCGGCAGGCGCAGGUCGCCGCGCGAACCGG